CUGUUGCAAAGAAGCCAGAUUGGAAUAAGUUUGACAUUUAAUUGAUAUAGAAUAGCACAGAAGCUUUGAUCAAUUGUUGUGGCUGUUGCAAAGAAUCCAGAUUGGAAUAGAUGGAUGAAAUCCAAUUCGACAGAAAAAGGUGGGAACGAAAAAGAAAAUUAACAACAAUAGCGUUUGCAUUAGAAUGCUUGUUUCUUGGUAUGGAAUACAGUGUAACAUUUUUGACAUUGUGGUUGUACCUUAGAGAGCUCGUCCAAACUUCAAGUCCAAAAUUAUUUUAUAGUUUUAUUUCAGCAGCAUAUCUUGUUGCAGGAGUGGUAUCCUCCAUUUUUAUUGGAAGACUCGUUGAUCGUUACAGAAAUGUUCGUCAAACAAUAUUUAUUUGCAACUUUAUGGUGAUCAUUGGAAAUAUCUUGUAUGCUCUUCCAUUUUCAGCAUGGUUUUUACUUUUUGGCAGACUAAUAUCUGGAAUUGGUGGGCCACUAAGAUCAGUAAUUUCAGGUGAAUUAGCGAGGUGUUAUCCUUCAGAUAAAUUAUCAUCUAAGCUUUCAAUUAUGGGGAUGAUGUUUGCUUCUGGCUUCUUGGUAGGGCCAGGCUUCAAUUUCGCCUUUAAAUCUGUAAACGUCGGGAUAGGAAAAUGGAAGAUAGAGUAUGUAAACGCACCUGGUUUGUACAUGGCUGUUCUAUUUAUCCUCUUGCAAAUAAUCUGUACGUUUCUAGUAUUUGAUUUGUCCAAAGAAUAUGACCUGAAAGAAAACGAAAAAGAACAUGCUGAAGCAAACAAAAAAAGUGAUCACAAUGUCCACUAUGGAAGUUUGUCAACAAAUGAAACAACAAAGGUGCACGAAUUUUCAAUUACCUAUAACACAAAAACGGAGAAUAAUCCACUGAUAAAGGAAGUCAAUGACAAAAAGCAAACAAUGUUUUUAGUAACCAAAGAGUUGUUUAAGUGCAUAGAUACUUUGUUACUGUUGUGCGGCUCCUUUUUCUCCACAUUCUGCAUUGUUGUGUCCGACAUGUGGCUUCCGAUGCUUGUAGUUGAUGUCAUGAAUUGGUCCAUUACUGAACUAAACAUUAUUGUUCUUUGUGGUGCUAUAACAUGUUUUAUCUCAAUGUUUUAUUUUUCAUGGAGGACUCCUUCAGAUGGUGUACUAUUUAUAUUAGCGGUUUUGUCGACCAUAUUUCUGACAGUGUUAAUAGGAGUGUUAACAUUUUUAUAUUUUUACCACAGCCGACUUUCAAUAAACAUUUUUAUGUGGGUUGUUUAUGAUAUCGGUUUUGGAAUUUUAAUCAUCCUGGAAGAGAUAUUUUUUAUCGGAUGUUUAGCUAAGAUGGUUUCGUCUAGAAUACAAACAUAUGCAGAAAGUGUCCGACUAUCAAUGUCAAGACUUGGCGCGUUAACUGGACUGUUAACUUCUGCGACAUUGUUUGAGUGGAUGAAAGUAGUUGGUCCCAUUUACAUGGCGAUGUCUUUAUUGUUAGCAUGCUUGAUAAUAUUACGAAGAAAGAGGUUACAAAGACCUACCUUGUUAAUAGAAUAGGAUGUUUAUCUGCUUUAAUCAACUUGUAAUAUAGCUGGAUGACAAGUGACAUUUUUUAUAAAUGAUUUUCAUUGUCAACACAAAGAAUGAAUUUUGAAUUGUAUUGCUUUUUUUAUACCAUGCGCCUUCUGCUUUUAUUUUGGCUUUAAUGGUAUAUUAAUACGCCAAUUCCGUCUCUGUGUGUGCCUGUGACAGGGAAAGGCGAAUAUAUUUUCCACAACUGCCUCUUUUCCCUAAAAUCUAUAUUCUGUAUUCCAUAACACUUUUUUUUUGCAUUUUUAAUUAACUAGAAGAAAGUGAUAAAAAGAAAGCAAUUUGAUUAGCUGGUAAUUGUAUUUAUGUCAAUUUAAGUUUAUAGAUGCGUUAGGUUUAUAUUUUAAAUAUUAUUACUUAUUGUAAUGCCUUUUUGAGAGUAUAUGCUGCGUAAAGGUAGCAAGAACAUUUUUCUUUUUAUUUCACGAAUAAAAUUCAUCUAAUUAUUAACAAA